GGCGCGGCGGGGCGGGUCCAGGCUCGCCCGGCCUCCUGGCGGCGCCGCGGCCCCGGCACUCGGGCCCGGCUCUGCUGGCUGCGGCGCGAGCGCGACCCGGGAGGCGGCGGCGAGUCUAAUUCAUUGCCGAGAAGCAAUCUGAGUUUGCAGCUCACUGUUCAUCACCCAUCUCAUACUGAAGCCGACUGUGCCAAGUCUGGAUAAUAAAGGCGAGGAAGGUUUUUACAGCUAAGGCAGGAACAGUGAACCAUGGAGCUGUAUUUCGGUGAAUAUCAACACGUGCAGCAGGAAUAUGGCGUCCAUCUGAGACUUGCGAGCGAUGAAACCAAAAAACCAAGGAAUUCCCAGCACCCUAAGGCAGGCUCCUAUGGUGUCAGUAUUCGGGUGCAAGGGAUUGAUGGCCACCCCUACAUAGUACUGAAUAACACAGAACGAUGUCUAGCAGGCACAUCUUUUUCUGAAAAUGGGCCUUCAUUUCCAUCUCCAAUGAUAAAUGACCUGCCUCUGCACUCCAACGGGUCUGUGCUAGCAGAGAACAGUGCAGAAGAAUUGCAACUCCCAGAGAACCCGUAUGUGCAACCCAGCCCACUAAGAAACCUGAAACAACCCUCUCUCGCUGAGGACAAGAAUGGAGUUCUAGAAAGCAAAGAGGGGCCAGGGAAGCCAUCCCACAUGCUGAACUUUCAGAAGCAUCCAGAGCUUUUGCAGCCCUAUGACCCUGAAAAGAAUGAGUUGAACUUACAAAAUCACCAACCUCCAGAGAGUAAUUGGCUAAAAAGUUUAACAGAAGAAGAGCCCAACAAAAUUAAGUCCAAUAAAAAGGCUUGGACUUGCCUUCCCAAAGCUACUAGUUCCCAUUCUACCGGGCCUUCUUUGGAAGACGUAGGCAGGUCUGGCGUGAGGGCCAUUCGUCUGUGCAGCUCCGUGGUCAUAGAUGAUGCCAAGAAGCAGACCUCAGUGUGUGUAAAUGUUCAGAGCUGCGGCAAGGAGGGGGUGGGGGAGGAGGUCCUCUCCCCUGGCAGGAGGCCCCUAACUGCCCACAGCCCACACUCCCAUCCUGAAACCAAGACAACCAGGCCGGACGUCCUUCCCUUCCGUCGGCAGGAUUCAGCGGGGCCCGUGCUGGACGGCUCGCGGUCCCGGAGAUCGUCGUCCGCCUCGACGACGCCCACCUCUGCCAACUCUUUGUACAGAUUUUUGCUUGAUGAUCAAGAAUGUGCCAUCCAUGCUGACAAUGUCAAUCGUCAUGAAAACAGAAGGUAUAUUCCCUUCUUGCCAGGAACGGGGCGAGAUAUUGAUACGGGAUCAAUUCCUGCUGUGGAUCAGUUAAUUGAAAAAUUUGACCAAAAACCUGGGCUCCAGAGACGAGGAAGGUCUGGGAGGCGUAACAGAAUCAAUCCAGAGGACAGGAAGAGGUCCCGAAGCGUGGACAGCGCCUUUCCUUUUGGUCUCCAAGGGGACUCGGAGUACCUGACCGAGUUCAGCAGGCACCUGGGCAAGUCGAGCGAGCACCUCCUCCGCCCGUCGCAGGUGUGUGGGCAGCGGCCACAGGCCCAGGAGCCGGGCGCCAAGCAGAGCGUGGGCCGCGCCUGCGCCAAGCUGCAGGGAGCCCACCCCAGGCCGCCCCCGCCGGGCCACGGCGGGAAAGUUCCAGAAAACAAAGGUGGGCGGGAAGGCACGACCCUGCGUUCAAACUCCCUCUCAGCACAGAAUAAAAAGGAGGAGGAAAUCAAGACGGCCACAGCUACGCUGCUGUUACAGAAUCCGGCGCUGGCAACUUCACCUGACUCCGGUGCCAAGAAGAUUUCUGUGAAGACGUUUACUUCCACCUCGAAUACUCAGGCCACACCGGAUCUGUUAAAAGGCCCGCAGGAGCUCACUCAACAAACCAAUGAGGAGACCGCCAAGCAGAUACUUUACAAUUACCUCAAAGAAGGAAGCACCGAUAACGAUGAUGCUACCAAAAGGAAAGUCAACCUGGUCUUUGAGAAAAUCCAGACUUUAAAGUCUCGAGCAGCAGGGAGCACGCCACGAAAUAAUCAAGCUUGUAAUUCUUCAUCUGAAGUCAAAGGUCUUUUGGAACAGAAAAACAAGUUGACCACAGAAGUGGCUGAACUUCAGAGACAGCUUCAGCUAGAAGUCAAGAAUCAACAGAACAUCAGAGAAGAGAGAGAGAGAAUGAAAGUGAACUUUGCAGAUCUUCAAAGCCAACAUGACAACAAGGUGGAGGAGAACUCCAAGCUGCAGAAGAGACUGGAGGAAAGCGAAGGGGAGCUCCGGAGAAACCUGGAGGAGCUGUUCCAGGUGAAGAUGGAACGGGAACAGCACCAGACUGAGAUCAGGGAUCUCCAGGACCAGCUCUCAGAAAUGCAUGAUGAGUUGGAUAGUGCUAAACGAUCCGAGGACAGUGAGAAAGGGGCUCUGAUUGAGGAGCUCUUACAGGCAAAACAGGAUCUUCAGGAUCUGCUCUUCGCCAAAGAGGAGCAGGAGGACCAUCUGAAAAAGCGGGAGCGAGAACUCGCCGCCCUGAAGGGAGCCCUGAAGGAGGAGGUUUCCAGCCACGACCGGGAGAUGGACCGGCUGAAGGAGCAGUAUGACACCGAGCUGCAGGCCCUGAGGGAGAGUGUGGAAGAGGCCACCAGGAAUGUGGAGGUCCUGGCCAGUCGGAGCAGCACUUCAGAGCUCACCCAGGUGGGGGCAGACAUGCGCGUGAAGGCUUUGCGGGAGGAGAACGAGAAGCUGCGGGGAAGCGCUGGGGAGCUGGAGCAGAGCACCGCCCGGCUGCAGAGGCAGGUGGCUGAUAUGCAAGGAGAUGAAGCCAAAAUGAAGGAGACUCUCAAGAAGUAUGAGGGAGAAACUCGGCAAUUAGAGGAGGCCCUGGUACAUGCAAGAAAGGAAGAAAGAGAAGCCGUGUCAGCCAAAAGGAGCCUGGAGAGUGAGCUAGAAGAUGCUCAGAAAAGUCUGAGUCGGGUCACCCAGGAGCUGAGGCAGUUGUCUGAGAAACUAAAAGAGGAGACUGAGCAGAAAGAGCAGUUAAGGAGACUGAAGAACGAGAUGGAGAAUGAGCGGUGGCACCUGGACAAGACCAUUGAGAAGCUGCAGAAGGAGAUGGCCGACAUUGUCGAGGUCUCCCGCACAUCGACCCUGGAGCUUCAGAACCAGUUGGAUGAAUACAAGGAGAAAAAUCGCAGGGAGCUUGCAGAAAUGCAGAGGCAGUUGAAGGAGAAAACCCUAGAGGCAGAAAAGUCCCGUCUGACUGCCAUGAAAAUGCAGGAUGAGAUGCGCCUGAUGGAGGAGGAGUUACGGGACUACCAAAGAGCUCAGGAUGAAGCCCUCACGAAAAGGCAGCUUCUGGAACAGACGCUGAAGGACCUGGAGUACGAGCUAGAGGCCAAGAGCCACCUCAGAGAUGACCGUAGCCGACUCAUCAAGCAGAUGGAGGACAAAGUGUCUCAGCUGGAGAUGGAACUGGAAGAAGAAAGAAACAAUUCAGAUUUGCUGUCUGAGAGGAUCAGUUGGAGCAGGGAACAGGUGGAGCAGAUGAGGAACGAGCUACUUCAGGAGAGAGCUGCAAGGCAAGACUUGGAGUGUGACAAGAUUUCCCUGGAGAGACAGAACAAGGACUUAAAGAGCCGGAUUAUUCACCUGGAAGGUUCCUACAGGUCCAGCAAAGAGGGGCUGGUGGUGCAGAUGGAGACCAGGAUCACGGAGCUGGAGGACCGUCUGGAGAGUGAGGAGAGGGACCGUGCCAGCCUCCAGCUCAGCAACCGGAGGCUGGAGCGGAAGGUCAAGGAGCUGGUGAUGCAUGUGGAUGAUGAGCACCUGUCCCUGACAGAUCAGAAGGACCAGCUGAGCCUGCGCCUGAAAGCCAUGAAGCGGCAGGUGGAGGAGGCUGAGGAGGAAAUCGACAGACUGGAAAGUUCUAAGAAGAAGCUGCAGAGGGAGCUGGAGGAGCAGAUGGAUGUGAAUGAGCAGCUGCAGGGACAGCUCAAUUCCAUAAAGAAGGACCUGAGACUCAAGAAGCUGCCCAGUAAAGUGCUGGAUGACAUGGAUGAUGAUGACGACCUCAGCACCGACGGGGGCAGCCUCUGUGAGGCGCCCCUGAGCUUCACCUUCUCCAGGGACAGCACUGCCACCAGCCAGAUCUGAGGCCACCUCCAGGGCUGCGGAGGCGGCCCAUCAUUCCUCACGGGGACCCACGGCCACCUGCAGCAGGGGACAGGGGAGGGGGCACCCAUCAGGAGUGGAGCCCCAUCGCCUCCUCUUCACAUCGCAGGCUGAUUCCUCCACAGUACCUUCCUCCUAGGGUGGCUCCUGUAGCUUGGGCAGGCAGCUGUUGCGACUUAAACGCUGAGAUGCCUGAAGCACAGGUGCCACCAACCAUUAGAUGUUUUGGAAAAUAUAAUUUGACAGGACAAAGCCCCUGUUCUGCACAGUUAUCUGCCUGCACCAUUUGCAUGGCAGCUCCUGCCUCCCACCCCCACCUGCCAAGAAAAGGGUCCAAAUGCCAGCUGUUCUUUAAUAGCCAUUGUGUAGAGGAGGAAAUGAUGUCUAGGCUGUAAAUAUUUUAAACCAGACCUUCUCUUGGACUGCUGCUGUUCCAUUUUGGAAUGUGACAGAGGCUUCAUAGGGUGGCUUGUUUGUAAAUGUCACACAUUUCUAUCGAGUAUUAUUUUUUUUAAAUGCGAAGCUACUAGGUUUUAAGUAUUAAGGAUCAGAGGCAAGAGAGAGAAGGUAAAGAAAAGACCACUUUGGACAUCAGACUUGGAAAAAAGGAAUUGUUGUGAUAAAGGACAGGUAACCUGAGAAGAGAAAUUCAAGUGGUCUUAGUGAACAACUUGCUGAUGGAAGGAGAGUCAGAAGGUCACUUGUCUGUGUGACCUUGGUGGCCAUUUUAUCUAGAGUUUUUUAUCAUUUCUGAACCAUGCUGGGACCAAUUUCCAGUCACCAAUUACAAUUUCUUUUACACAGGCAGGGUGGGGAGACUUGUAAGUAAUGCUUAUGACAAAUGAUACGAUUUCUGGAAGGUUGGGGCCCUCUGUCAUUCCUCACUGGUCCUUCCUCCUUCCAUGGCAGGCCUCUGACCUGCACUCUCCAAGUCCCUGGACAGCAUGGUUUCUGGGUGGGAGUAAGAGGGUCUGGGGACAAGGUUCAUAGACUUAGGUGUGAGGAAGAGGUGGGCAGUGUCCAGUAAGAUCAUGGGGAAAGAAAAAACGGGGCAGUAAGCAGGUGUGUGUGGGUGUGGGUGGGAAGGAAGAGAAGAAGUGAAGCAGGUUCUUGAAAGCUGGGGGAUAUGUAGAGGAGGCAGAUGGGGCAGGAUCUCAGGUUUAUUUUGGGAAGAGGGGAAAGAAACAAGCCAGACAAAGGUGUGUCUGUGUAAACUGGAGGGCUCCUUCCAGUCUCCUGGGACAGAAGGACAUGGGCCAGCACCAGGCACGAAGAGAAGGGGUUUGGGUGAGGUCUGGGGCAAGGCCACAAGGCAGGGACAGAAUUGCAGGAAGUGUGGAGUUGGGGGGAUACAGUAUCCGGCACUUCUCCUGGCCUGCUUGGUGUCACCUCCCAUGGGGCCAGUCCCCAGGCACUUCCAGAGGCCAGGUCCAAACCCAGCCAGGCUCCUGUAAGUCAGGCCCAGGGCGUGGGGAGGGCGACAAGCCCAUGGCCAGGGAGAGGACCCUGCGAGGUGUGUACACAGUUGGACGUGGAGAUGACCGCUCAGUUGCUUUGGCGUUGUCCCUGAGCACCCUGUGAGCUGGGAGCCUGCAGACCAGAGAACUCCAUGACGGUAGCCACAGGGGUUAGAAUCUCAGUGUCCCACCCCAGGCCGCAGAGCCCACCAAGCAGAAUUCAGAAAUCAGCCCAAUUUAGGGUGAGUGCCAUUGCCCCCUGAUAGGCAAGGCCCCUGGAGCAGAGCGCCAGGCCCUCUAUUACCUCUGCUGGGUGGAGUGGUUCUCUACUUACACGGAGUGUGGAGAGGUUCCUUCCUUCAUUUAGCACAUAUUUAUUGGGCACCUACAAUGUGUCAGGCUCUGUCCUUGGCACUGGAAAGAAUAAAAUGGGCCCAAAUCCUUCCCCUCCCGGAGUACAGCCAGGGGGAGGGCGUGGACACAGAGGCUGAGCCCCUCCGCACCCAGCCCUGGAGCCCUCUCCUCUCGGGGACACAUCAGGCCUGUGGUUGGUUGGCCCAGGGGUUCUUUGAUCCUCAGUAGGCUCUUGAUUUCUUUGCUGCUUCCACCAUCAUGAGAUACUUGCCAAAGAGUGGCCUAGAAAUGCCUCAGCCUGCUUAUAACUACAGGUGAAAGAUGAGAAAGGUCAGAGGCCCAGGAACUUUGGGAGCCAGUGAGUGUCCAGUUUUGUGAGGAAGUUGCUGGCCCUCACCCCAGCCGGCCCCUCCUGGUAGCCCUGAGGCAAGCUGCAGGAAGCACAGACCAGCUUCUGAAAGACUUGCCAUCCUUGCCCUAAAAGCGGGCCAUUUUUAAUAUUAACAAAUGCGCCAUCGUCCCUGGUAAUGGCCGGCGGCGAGGGUGGCGGGGUAGGAAGACCACUGGCCUGGCUGGUGAGAGAGGUGGUCUUCAAGUCCUGGCUCCUCUUACCCUGGUGACCUUGAUGGAGGUGACCUUGACAGGGCAUGUUCUCAGAGCUGCAGAUUGCCCAGAACAAACGAGGCCCAGGGCCCAGCGUCCUUUACAGCUCUGACAUGCUGUCAUUCUUUGAUUUUAUUAUAUACAUAUAUUUUUCUUUCAGUUUAUUGUUUUAAGAACUAACCCUACUCAAGAGUAUUCUCUUUAGCUAGCUUAAAAAAGAAGUAUUUUAUUUAAUAAAUAUGUGGCCAAAUGCAGUGCUGGGGAGACAAUCAUCAUAUAUCUUUAUCAUUUUUUUCUUGCUUCCAAGUGUCACUGGACAAUGCCAACCGGCUGUUUCUGUUGGGUUUCUGCAUUUGGGUGUUUUGACUGCUUUGGUUUGUCCUGGGGAGGAGGCAUUCUAUGCAGCUUCCUCCAUGUAAGUGAACUGGAUGAAGCAAGAAUGCCUUUCAAUAAACUGUGUCACUCGGUGGGAA